ACAAACAACAACAACGACAACAACAACACCAACACCAACGACAACGACAACAACGACAACGACAACAACGACAACGACGACAACCACAACAACAACAACGACAACAACAACAACAACAACAACAACAACAACAACAACAACAACAACAACACCAACUACAACGAAAACAACGACAACAACACCACCAACAACAACAACAACACCAACAACACCAACAACAACACCGCCACCAACAACAACAACAACAACACCAACAACAACACCAACAAAAACACCAACAACAACACAAACACCAACACCAACACCAACACCAACACCAACAACAACGACAACAACAACAACACCAACAACAACAAUAACAAAAACAACAACAACAACGACAACAUCAACAACAACAACAACACCAAAAACAAGAACACCAACAACAACAACAACAACAACAACAACAACAACAACAACACCAACAACAACACCAACAACGACAACGUCCACGACAACAACAACACCAACGACAACGAC